UUUUGGAUAUAGACUUAGAAGAAUACAAAGAUUAUGGAACUGAGGACGACGUUGAAGAAAUGUUCGAUACACUUAUCUCCUUUGUUCAAGAGAACAACAAGAAGUUAGAGUGGAUAGCACAUAACAUGGUACAUGCCGAAGCUGAAGAAGUGACUGACUUGAUUGAAGAGUUGACUGAUCUUAUAGAUGAGCAACGAGAUACAAUCGCUAGAUGUUUAUUUCACCAAAAACUUGAGAAAAACAAUGUACUACCUGAAAAUUUUAUGACAACGGAAGGAAAAUUCCCAGAGUUCAAGAUCUAA